AGACGGUUACCCCGCGCGCAUGCGCACGCCGCCCCGCCCCGCGAGGCCACGUCGGCAGGGGAGCGCUCGCGCCGGCGCGCGGUUGGGUGUCGGUUGCGGCUCCGACCGGAAGUCGUGACCCGGGGGAGGUGAUCGGAGCCCAUCCGCGGCAUACCUCGUUUUAAGAGGUGUACCAAUAAGUACAACUAACGUUAUCCAGCGAGUAUCCCGUGAAAAAUCAAAAAAAAAAUUGGCGACCAAGCCUUAGGAGCAGCUUGGUAGCGAGGUCGCAGUGGAUGUGGGAUGGAGCGAAGGGUAACAUGAAACCCUUCGCUUUGAAUGGCGGAAGCUGCAGCGUUUGACGUCUCCGUGCAGCAGAACUGGCUGAAAGCGUGGAUGUUUUUAGCGACAUAUAUCCUCCAGCAAGGGAACUAACAGUGAUUAAAUAAAGCUUCACAUACACAGUUAUGCACCCAAUGUAUAUCGAUUUUUUUUGUAAAAUAGUGGAUAAGAUUGGGAACGCUUAAUGCAUCUUCCGGGAAGAAAUUGGAUGUGUUCUGCUCGGGUUUGAAUGUGACCUUCGAUUGUUAAGGAGGAAGAUUACUGGGGGGAAAGAAUCGUUCUCAUUUGCCGAAUUUAUUUGGGGAGACCGAGCGUAAGACGGAACUGCCCGAUCAAACAGCCCUACACAUUCUUGUUGAUUUGCCAAAACAACCAGGAGAUGCAGUGCAAUCGAUAACUCUUGAGAGUUUGGGUUAAUUGACAUAGAAAAAUAGAAAAAAAAUAUUUGUGGAGCAUAGGUCGGCGAGAUUAAGCUAGUGCUUUGGGAAUGGGAGGACCAGACAACUGGCUCUUACUUUACGGAAGACUUCACAAAACAGGUUUAUGGUUUGGCAGUUUUGAAUAGUAACAAUUGUAGAGCAGAGCUGCACAAGGCCAAGUAAAUAAGGAAUAAACUAAACAGUAAUCUGUGAUCAUCCUGUGUUUACAUCGCCUACCUCGGCUGCGCUAAGAAUUUGGGAGAUACGGCUUGUUCCUCACCUGGUUUCUAACGAUAACGCAACUUGCUUAGCUCCACUACUUGAACAACUUUGUCUUCCGAAGAAAUUUUAUUUAACUGGGAUGUGUAUAGAAACUGAUACCACUGACCCUAUGACAAGAUUUUGGCAACAGUUUUAUCUCGUGACAUUUUAAUGAGGAGACGUGUUUGAAAAACGAUUCGGGAUUUCCGCACAGUUCUGCCACUCGGUUCAUGUGACAGGAAAACGUUUAAUUCUUGUGUUUGUUGUUUAGUCUUAUGGUGCAGCUUACCACGCUUUUAGAAGGAACUUUUAACUUUUUUUGGAAAACUUAAAAAUAUUAUGCAAAUUUCGCCGGUGAUUUUGUUUUUAAAUGUGUAAAAACAUUUGGUAAAAAUGAAACUCAGUAGGCAAUUCACUGUAUUUGGAAGUGCCAUAUUCUGCGUGGUGAUCUUUUCCUUGUACUUAAUGCUCGACCAUGUUCAGUUCGAUCACCCAAAGAAUCUAAAGAAAGGAAUGACUUUUCCCAAGGGGCAGCUUUCAAUUUUGCAUGAAAAAAUUGACCACCUAGAACAACUAUUAGCUGAAAACAAUGAAAUAAUUUCAAAUAUCAGGGAUUCAGUUAUUAAUUUGAGUAAAUCUGUGAAAGAUGGUCAAGUGGGCAUUGAAGCCUCAAAUUCAAGUCAAAGAUUAGCCUCUGAAUUCUUUGGAGCCUCUUUAGUUAUUCCCAUUGAACCAGAAGAUUGCCAGUUUGCCUCAAAGGUUUACACAGAAGCAUCAAACAUACAAAUGUUGGAUAUCUAUAAAAUUCUACCUUUUGACAACCCAGAUGGUGGAGUUUGGAAACAGGGCUUUGACAUCACAUACAAUGAACAUGAGUGGGAUGAUGAGCCGUUGCAGAUCUUUGUUGUGCCCCAUUCGCACAAUGAUCCUGGUUGGCUGAAAACAUUUGAUGAUUACUACAGGGAUCAGACUCAGCAUAUCCUGAACAACAUGGUUAUUAAGCUACAGGAAGACGCUCGUAGGAAAUUUAUUUGGUCUGAAAUUUCAUACUUCUCGAAGUGGUGGAACAACAUUGAUGGGCAGAAGAAAGAUGCUGUGAAAAGGCUUUGUGAACAGGGUCAGUUUGAAAUAACGACAGGAGGCUGGGUCAUGACUGAUGAGGCCAGUACACAUUAUUAUGCAAUGAUUGACCAGUUGAUUGAAGGACAUCAGUGGCUUGAAAGGAAUUUGGGAGUAAAACCUAGGGCAGGAUGGGCAAUUGAUCCAUUUGGCCACACAUCUACAAUGGCAUAUCUGUUGAAACAGACUGGUAUUUCAAAUAUGCUAAUUCAGAGAGUUCACUAUUCUGUCAAGAAAUACUUUGCAACUCAAAGGAGCCUGGAAUUCUACUGGCGUCAGAACUGGGAUCGAAGUGGCAGCACUGACAUCCUUUGUCAUAUGAUGCCAUUUUAUAGUUAUGAUGUUCCUCAUACUUGUGGCCCUGAUCCUAAAAUUUGCUGCCAAUUUGAUUUCAAACGUCUUCCUGGAGGCAGAAUUAGCUGUCCUUGGAGGAUACCUCCAGCUGAAAUACACGAUGGCAAUGUUCAAGAAAGAGCCAACCUCCUCUUAGAUCAAUAUAGAAAAAAAUCCAAACUUUUCCGCACCAAAGUAGUCUUGGCUCCUCUGGGAGAUGAUUUUCGCUACGAUCAAUUGUCAGAAUGGGACCAACAGUUUCAAAAUUACCAGAAGCUAUUUGAUUAUAUGAACUCUCAUCCAGAGCUCCAUGUUAAGGCUCAAUUUGGAACAUUGUCAGACUACUUUGAUGCUAUCAAUAAAGCUGCUGGUUCAGAAAAUUCACCAUCGCCAUUUCCUGUCUUGAGUGGGGACUUUUUUACCUAUGCUGACAGAGAUGAUCAUUAUUGGAGUGGAUAUUUUACCUCCCGACCCUUCUAUAAGCGACUGGACAGAGUUUUAGAAUCGCAUUUGAGGGCUGCAGAAAUCCUUUAUUCAUUAGCACAGGCAGGUGCUAAGAAAUCUAAUAAAAUGACAGUGUUCCCUUCAGCUGAAGAUUAUAAACUGCUGGUAGAAGCAAGACGAAAUCUUGGCCUAUUCCAACAUCAUGACGCAAUCACUGGAACAUCUAAGGAAUGGGUCGUUGUGGAUUAUGGGACCAGACUAUUUCACUCAAUAAUGAAUUUGAAAAGAGUGAUUGGUGACUCAGCACAUUUUCUAACAUUAAAAGACAAGGAAAAUUACAAGUACAACCCUUCAGCACCUUUUCUUCAAAUGGAUGAUAGCCAAGCUACACAAGACUCUUUACCUCAAAGAACAACUAUCGAAUUGAGCUUAAUACCCAGGCACCUUGUGGUAUAUAAUCCAACAGAUCAAGACCGUGUAUCCAUUGUAACAGUGCAAGUAAAUUCAUAUAAAGUAAAUGUGCUAACUGCUUCAGGGCAGCAAGUGGAGGCUCAGAUUACUGCAGUUUGGGACAAAUCCAACAGAAUUUCCGAAGAAGUAUUUCAGGUUUCCUUUCUGGCACAGAUAUCAGCCCUAGGAUUGGGACUCUACCAGUUAGUGAAAACUCAAGAUAUCAAAACCAAGCUGGCAAAUUAUACCAUGUACAUGAACAGAAGAGACGAAGUAACCUUUGAUCCCUUCAAGAUCAGUGUGUUGGAAAGCUCUACUGGUGACAUCACUAUUGAAAAUGCAAAUUUGAAAGCUUGGUUUUCAGGGACAAAAGGAUUCUUGGAGAAAAUAAUCACCAAGGAAGAAGAGAGACAGCAUCAUAUAAGUAUUCAGUUCUUGUUGUAUGGCACCACAAAUAAUCGGGAUAAAAGUGGAGCCUAUCUCUUCUUACCUAAUGGAGAAGCUCAGCCAUACACUUCUCCUGAGCCUCCUAUUUUGAGAAUAAUGCGUGGUCCACUUUUCUCAGAGGUAGUGUGCAUCUACCAGCACUUCACACAUUCGGUGCGGCUCAGCAACGUGUAUGGGGUUGAUGGGCUGUCACUGGAAAUCUCUAAUAUUGUCGAUAUUAGGCAUGAAGUAAAUCAAGAAAUUGCUAUGAGGCUGAUCACAGAUGUCAAAAGCAACAAUCAGUUCUACACUGACCUGAAUGAUUUCCAGAUGCAGCCUAGGCAGACUUUGAGCAAACUGCCUCUUCAAGCAAAUUUUUACCCUCUUACAACAACUGCAUACAUACAGGACAAUGAUGUUCGUUUGACCCUGCACUCUGCUCAGUCCUUGGGGGUUGCUAGUCUGAAGAAUGGUCAGCUGGAAGUCAUAAUGGAUCGCAGACUGAUGCAAGAUGAUAAUCGAGGCCUAGGCCAAGGUCUCAAGGAUAAUAAAGUUACAGCCAAUUUAUUCAGACUUCUAUUGGAAAAAAGAAUUGGAGUAAAUCUGGAUGAAGCUAAUAAGGCAAUGAGUUAUCCCUCUUUGUUGAGCCACAGGACAUCAUCUUACCUGAACCAACCAGUCAUUCCAAUGGUUGUGAACCUAAAUGUUGAUGGAAUUCCUCCACUCUUGAACUUAUUCAGCCCUCUUUCUUCAUCCAUGCCAUGUGAUAUGCAAAUACUUAACCUUAGAACAAUAGAGGGAAAGGAUGAAUGGACUCCAUCAGAUGAAUUAGCCCUAAUCAUCCACAGAAAGGGUUUUGAUUGUAGAUUUUUAAACAAAAACACUGGACUGUUUUGUUCUACUUCAAAAGGCAAGAUCCCCUUGCACACACUCUUUAGAGAAGUUAAAAUUCAACAUCUAACUCCAUCGACCUUGUCUUUGAUGCAUACAACACAAGAUCCAUAUAAUACUAGCAAAAUAGAACUGAAUCCAAUGGAGAUAAGAACAUUCAGAAUUCAAUUAAGCUGAUCCUGUUAACAGCUCCGAUUGCUGAACGAGCGGUAUUGAAGAACAUACUGCGCACAUUAUUGAGUUGCAAUACCUACAAGCACACUAAACGUUAAGUAAAUGAUGUCAAACCUACUGAUUCAACAAAGACCAAUGGUAAAAGUAUAUCCUAAUUUAAUGUUGUGGAAAAAUUACAAAAUAAAGGUUUAAAAAAUUUUUUUUCAUACAAACAAAAAUCAAAAAAAAGAACUGGGACCAAAAAAACUGCUUCCUUACAGUAAUGUAAUUCUCAGGUUAAAUUUUCUGUUUUAUGCCUAAUUCAAUAAAAUACUGUCAGUAUUUCAGUGAGGUAAAGAACCCCAGAGAGAAUCUGCAGAAGAAGUUUAAAAUUUAAUCAUUUAACCUUGACAUUAUUUAGGACUGUUUAGUUAUUGCAGUUAACACCUGGUCCGCAACAUUAAGAAGAAUAUGCAACCAAAAAUUUAAUUAUGUCUCUUCACAUAAGGUAUUAUUUUAUAGAGAAAAAUGUAAUCUUAUGAGUGCAAGGAAUUCUGAAAUUUAUCAUUAAUAAAGUAAGGAAUAAGAGCCCAAGAUGGAAACUUAAAUGAAACAAGAUUUUAGAAUAAACACUGGACUACUCUCUAAGGUGCAGAAUUAUUGAUCUCUGCAGAAUUAUUGAUCUCUGCAGAAUACUGUCUCAUUACUUGAUUAGAUGGGAUAAGUGCAAUGUUUUAACAGUCAGUUCUGAUGACAUCUAUUAUCUAUACUAAGAGUUAACAAAAUAUGUAAAAAUAUACAUUUUCUGCUAUUAAUAUUUCAGAAUAGCUGUUUUUCUAUUCUAAAGUUGCCACUGUGAUUCUGUGCCUUACAAUAAUACAACAGAUUAUACUUUGCUGUACUGUCCUCUUUGCCUGUGUUUUAUAAUCCAGAGUCAAAACUUUUGUAUCUUAAAGUUUGAAUUUCAUGAACAGAUAAAUUACAAAGACAUCUGGUUCAUUUUAACAUUAAAAAAGCCAAAUUUUUGCUUUUAUCUAUUUGAAUAUUUCCUUGCUUUUUUCAACCAAUAUUUUAAUACUACUGGAAACUGUCCUCUCAGUCCUCAAGAAAAAAUAGUGAAUUUCAGGAUAUCUGGUCUUUCUGUGUUACUCAGUCUUCUAAUUCCAGGGAUCAGUUUUGUGGUUCCUCUCCGCAUGAAACUUUUCAUUUUUUAUUUUCCAUAAUUUGAUGACCUUUUGAAUGUACUGAUCUAACAUAAUAGAGUAUUAAAAGAAAGAAAUCCUUAUUUACUUUUGUCACAUUCUCUGUAUUGCGAAGGAUGACACACAUAUUAGUAAAAUGUACAUGAAAUUGAACUUAAAAGCUCUGGUAAGUUUUAAAUGGCAUGGUUUUGCUGGAAGUAUUCUGCUUUGAUAUAUGCUGUCAAAUUACUUAUUUUUGCUUAAUGUACAUUCAAAUUAUUUAAUGAUCAUCGAACAUUAGCAAGUAUUUCUUGCUCGAUGCAAAUCAACAUGGUCCUUUCUUUUCCAAUUAGUGGUGUAAUAUAUUUACAUUUGUAUUUUGCUGUGACUACUUUUGCCAACACCUGUAUAGUGUCAGAAAAAUAAGUUCUAUACUAAUACUAAAAAAAAGUUUUGUUGUAACUCAAUGUUUUAUUGAAGGGGCACCAUAUUAAAAAAAAAAGCAGGUAUUUGAUAUAUUUAACAUGGCCUGACCUUUCUGUUUUACUCAAGUUGAAUAUUCUUAAUUCUUUUUGUGGUGGGGGCAGGGUGGGGGCAUUGCACAUGCUUUAUUGUGCUCUUUGGUGCAAUUACAUUUUUUCAGUUCAUAAAUUGUAUUCAGUUUCAGAUUUGUUUAAAAAGAUUAUCUCGCACAAGGCUGUAGAUUUUCCUUUUCUGCCAAUUUUUGCUGUUCACUUUGAAAAGAUUAGUCAUUGAUAGUAACUGUUACUUCCAGUGCACUGACUUGUUAUCAGAAUUCUGGUUACUGCUAGAAUUCACAGAUAAGUGAUUAUUGGUGAUUUGUACCAUAGUUGCAGCAUCUGUCAAUCAAAAUCAUUUUUACAUGACCCCUUCCCCAAAAUAAGUACUUACAUUUAUAUAGGUUAUGCAUGAAACAGCCUUGACUUGUAUUUAGGACUCAUUUAUACAGUGGCCAAAAUUGUACUUCUGUGUGGUUAUAUAUAAAAAUGUAAUUCAAUAAAUGCGCCUCUACAUUUAAUUUUAUACUAUUGUUGCAUAAUGAGCAAUAGCAAGCUUCAAACAAAAUUCCAUGUCAUUUAGGGUACAUUAUUAUACUUGUAUGUUAAUGAAACAGUUAAUGUGAUUUCAUGUCAAUUCCUGCAAUUAAUAAAAUUAAUUAUUUUUAUACCAUGCAGCAAAAAUUCUGAUCUACCAGUGCAAAUCAAAAAUACCUUUAUAUUUUAGCAUGAAAAUAUAACUCUACCAUUCCAAUUAUUUGUUAAAUGCAAUUACAUUUUUGAAUACUUAUAAGUUGCACUCUUUUUAAUUUUGGGGGUAUGAUUCAUUAAAUACAUUUCUGGAAAGCAUUUUAUUUUAUCUGUGCAUAGCUAAACAACUGUAGUAGGAGGAAUAGGUAAAUAUAACUGAAAAUCUGUACACUUUUGGGUUUCUUUGUUUGUUUUAUGAAAUCAAAGAGUAAAUGAUCACUGUUUUAUUUUUUAACUACAUAGUAUUUUACAGGGAUUUGCUAUCAUGUAUAUCUACAAAAUAUUACCUUUUAAAUUACAGAUUUUUAAAAGGCAUAUGAUGAAUUUUUAUCACUGAGAUUGCUUUGUUUGAAUGAGUUGUGCCUUCAAAGAGGGACAAGGGUCAUUUUUGCAAAACUUAAAUGAUUUUACUGGGUGAAAUGGAAUUGGAAAUUUUGCUGUUUUACAUUACUGUGUCUUCAGAGUCUGUCAACUUAUAAUUUACAUUUUAAUACUUUUCAAUUUAGAAUGAGAUGUAUGACAAUAUUUUUAAAGUGUUUAUUUGAUUUUUUUCAAUUUUUUGGAGAAACAUUCUAAGAAAAUAAACUGAAUAUACUGGUUUA